AACACCCAUUUUUCUAUAGAAUGUUUUUUAUGAUACUUAAUCAUGAUAAAAUAUUUUGAAGAAGAGUAUGCUACUAAACCACGGGAAUUUUUCCUUCAGGUGCAACGUUUGCCUUGCGGACAGGCAGAUAAAAUACACGGCUAAUGGUAUAGAUACUAGCUGUCAUUAGCCAGUGAAUAUAAACACGACAAAUGGCCGUCGUGUGAAUUUUCUCAUUGCUAUUUCGUACAUCCUUAACACAGUUAAAUUACUGUACAUACGUUCGGCAGCCAUUCCAUGGUAACCAAACACAGUACAGCAAACAGCUUUCAGAGAUUUUUUAUUGAUUACACUAACGGAAAUCUUUUACUUUACCAGUAUUUAUGAGUGGAUAUUCAACACAUAACUUAUUCUUGAAUUUGCACAUCUGCUAAAGGAAAACUGAAUUCCUUCUUUGAUUCUUUUAGAUGGGAAAAUUGUCAGAGUCUCAAAAUCAUCUGGUGUGGAUAACUCGAUGUGUGGUUCAGCUUCAACUCCUUGUAAAGCAUUUAUGUAUGCUUUCACACAAAGAGCUGAGGAAAAUGAUUGCAUUUUAUUAGAUGGUGGUGGUGAUUCACAUCAUCAAUUCACUUACCAUAUCAAUUCUUCAUUGCAGAUCAAUUUCAACAUAACAAUCAGGGGAACAUACCCUUCUCCUGUUCUAACAAGAAGUAGAAAUAGCAGUGGCAGCUUCCCACUUUUUAUCAUCAACAGUUCUAAGAUUGUCGACUUAUGUUUAGAAGGAAUUCAUUUUGAUAACAUAUCUCUGAUAUACAUCUUAUCAGAUGUAAAUUUGUUUUUGUUCAACUCCACAAUAACAAACAACAAAAACACAAUGAUUUCGUUCGUACGAAAAAGUAAACAUUUACGAAAGGCAUGCACAAUAAUCAAGGACUGCUUAUUUAUUGAAACUCGUCACGUGAUAGAAAGGUACAUCACUUUUACUUAUUCACUAUUUGUCAACAAUAGCCGAUUUAUCAACUGUAGCAAGAUCUUCACCCUCCUUGUACAGCGAUACAGCAAAAGAAAGAUUGGAGUGGCCGAUUAUAAAAUUUAUCACAGCAGUUUUUCACAGUCAAAAAAUGUGUUACUCUUUAGUGAUUCUCGGGACCGAAAAUCGAAACUAAAAAUAUAUCGAUGUAGCUUUUCGAACAACACAGGAUUAGGUGUCCCCUUCAUUAUGAACAAAAUGGGACAAAUUCUAAUACAGCGAUCGAUGUUUAUAAAUAAUUAUGGCAGUGCGGUUGGAGUCCUUUUAUUGUCAAGCAUUCAUAAAGUAUCAAUAACAAAUACAAAAUUCAUUAAAAAUAGAAGCUUUUCCUUAAACGGCGGUGCAUUGAAAAUUUUAAAAGUGCCAGAUUUUUUCAUAGACAAAUGCGUAUUUCGUGAAAAUAGAGCAAGAAUGAGUGGUGGUGCAAUUUAUAAAAUGCAUAGUAAAGUAUGGAUCCGAAACUCUAUAUUCGAUAGCAAUUCAGCACAGUCUGCUGGAGGAGCGAUAUAUGGAGAUGUAACCAGACAGUAUUUAAAAAUGGAAAAUGUUACAAUGUACAGCUCAACAGAUAGCAAGAGAGUUCAUGGAAGUCUGGUUAAUAGCGGAAAUUUAAAUUUUAGGGAUGUUACAAUGGUCGUAAGACCAGUGCCAGGUACAAAAUAUAUCGAUGGACUCAUUAAUGACUCUGGUGCAUAUCCUGGAAACGUUGAUAAUUUUACUUUUAUUUGUCCUGCUAACAAUAAAGUUGAGUUCAACACUCGAAAAUACUUUUAUACUUUGUCCAUAACAUGUUCCAGUUGUCCUAAGGGAAGCUACAGUUUAAACAACGGUCAAAUCCACUUUAUAGAUAAUUCUAAGCCAUACGUGCAGUCAAAUGUAACUUGCAAGAAGUGUCCUAACGGAGGCAUGUGUGAUGACAACAUUCUAACCAGUCAAGGCAAUUUUUGGGGAUACGUUACAACAGGUGGUGAUGUACAUUUUAUACCCUGUCCUUCAAAGUAUUGUUGCAAACCUGGAAAGUGUGAAAGUUACAAUUCUUGCUACAACCAUCGUGAAGGGAGAUUAUGUGGGAGAUGUGAAAAAGGAUAUUCUCUAGACAUCUUCAGCCACAAUUGUAUUUUGUCAGAGCAAAGAAACACGAGUAUAUUCUGGAUUAUGUUCAUUGCGUUAGGCUUUUCAUUGACUUAUACACUGAUGUACUUAAAGGAAAUCACCAAACUUUUUGGCACUGUCUUCACAAAGGUAAAGAAACUCACGCAGAAAUGUAGGUGUUUCAAGGAGAACCAAUGUGACUAUGCAAGCUUAAAUGAAAGUGCGUAUGACAACCAAUUAUCCAAUGGAAAUGCUUUAGAACUAUCAUCUACCAAGGACACAAACAAUUUGGGUUUAUUAAAAAUUUUCUUCUUGUUUUAUCAAACAGCUUCUUUAUUGCACGUUCCCCACCCAAUGCACCAUGGUUUCCUUCUGCAUUUUAAAUCCAUAGUGUCGUUAAUAUUCGCCUUUAAGUUCAUGAUAAAUGAAAAUUUAUCAAAAUUACCUCCAUUAAAUGACAUGGGCACAAUUGAAGCUGUGGUAAUCGAAGUUGGUUUUGCAGCAAGUUUGUUUGCUGUUGUGGUGGUAUCAUAUCUUGCAUAUCUUGCUGUGAAAAAAAUAAGAAAUCUGAUUGGAAAAGACGUGCCGGCUGAACCAACAACUGUUACAUUUCCUGUUAGAUUAAAACAAACUUUUGUCCAGCUUCUUUUUCUGUGUUACAUUCGCAUCAGCAGCACGGCCUUUAAAAUGAUCCAUUGUACUGACAUUCGAGAAAAGAAAUAUUUGUAUGUAUAUGGAGAUAUUACCUGCUACACAUAUUGGCAAUACAUUGUCAUGUUGUUUACAAUAAUUUGGGUCUUCCCAUUUUCGGUAGCUGUCUUCGUGGUAACUAAAUUAUAUGCAAAGGGACAAAUCUCAACGCAGAUGUUUAUCACCAUACUGUUAUUUCCUCCCUUAAUCUUGUUCAAUUCUAGACUGAAAUCAACUGGACAGCAAAGUCAUCAAUGUCAGUUUGAGCAAGAAAAUAUAUUGAACGUGAUCAAUGGACCAUUCAGAAUCAAAAUUACAUCAGAGGAAGAAUUGGAUCAAGCCCAACACAAAAUGAGAAUAAACUGGGAAGCAGUACUGAUCAUCAGACGUCUUGUCCUCGUUGCAGUAAGCAUAUUCGUAAUCAAUCCUCUUUCUCGUUUGUAUCUCAUGCUGCCAAUUCUGGUACUGGUGCUUUUGUUGCAUUUAUACGUGAAGCCUUAUCACAGUGGAAGAAUGAACUCAACUGAAACAGUUUCUAUUCUUCUCCUCCUGAUAUUAACGACGGUGAAUUUGUUUUGGGCCUGCGACUAUAUGGGUUCACUUACAUCAAUAGCACAAUACGACUCCAUUGUUACAGCACUUGAAUAUGUUGAACACUUGAUAUAUAUGUCACCCUUUAUUCCAUUGUUCGUAUUUUGUGUGCACUCUUUGUAUGAGAGAGUAUGGGCGUGUUUGAUGCAAUUUUUGAGAGCAUAAAAUUUUGAAAGUGGAAGAGAAAGGACUCAAUUUGUUCCUGAAGUUGUUUUAAAGUGAUUUGUAUCUUAAUAAUAACAAUUUUAAUAAAGAAGUAUUUUUGUUUGAACCAAUUGCAACACAUGCAAGUCUUAAACAUCGUUUCUAACAGUAAAAAAAAUAUUGUAAAUUCGUUAUUUUGUUUCAUGUGUGAGUGACUUUGAUGUAGUCUUCUUUUUUGUGCUAUAUCAGCGAUAUUAGAUAACUGUGUGUUUUAGUAUUUGUAUAGGAUAAAGAAGAACAUUAGUUUUGUUAGCAAGUCUUAUUAUUUAAAAAAUAUUUUAUUCGUGAAAAAGUUUUCUUUUAGAAUGUAUAUUGAAAAACGUUCACUAGGAACGUUUUUCAAUAUACAUGUGAAAGAUACUUUCACUUUAUAGAAACAACGAUGCAUAUGAGACAUAUAUUGGUAUAAAUAAUCCUGCACAUUUCUAACUGCUGUUCCACUCGAUACUUCCACUCAAAUCGACGGUUAAGGAAAAUGAUUAAAAAAAAUUGAAUAUAUCAAGAAUAUAUGUUUAGGAAUGUUUAUCUUUAUUAUUGGUAAUAUGUAUUUAAAUGUAUUUAAAUUUAAACAAUUGCGUGUCUAGAUGUUUAUAGUAGGGAAAGAAUGUAUAUUAUUCUGUUUUGGUAGACAUAACUGCAAUUUCUACAUAUGCUGGAAUGCUUUGCACUCUUAAUUGCAAUGUACGUAAAACCAGAAUAGGUAACACCGCCAUUAGUGAGAUUCUUGCUCUUAACAACUUUCAUAUCACCAACGAUUAAAGAAAUCAAUUUAUGUCUGGAGGCAACAACAAAAUCAUUAUCUGGUAAAGUAACUUGAUAUUCCAUAUGCAUUAGUAACUGAGUUUGUUUCAUGACAGCUGUGAUACUGAUCAGGACUUUUGCUUUCUUGUCAAUAGAAUAAAAGACAACUUUUUCUGGUCCAAGAAAGUUGCAAACUCUUCCAGAGCCUUGAUAGUAGAUCUUGUAAACUUUGUAGAGACAUUGGCUGCAUGUUUUGAAUUUUCUAACUUAAAAAGUUCCACAGGAGCAUAUCACCAGGCCUCUGUAAGUGCUAUAUAAAGAGUUAGCUCUUCACUUUAAAGAACAUCAUGAAAUAAAGGAAAAGAAGAUGCAACAGUUACUGACUUCAGACCCUGUAUAUUAAAUAUGGAGAAAUAUUUUAAAGUAGUCCCUUCUAUAAAAUCAGGAGGAUUAUUUCUGUUUUAAUUAAGAAUAUCACCAUGUAUAUAAAAUAUUUGUCUUGAUUUUUUAUGUUUAAUUAGGAAUAUGAUCAUAUAUGUAUAUAAUCCCUUGUUUUCAGCCUGCUAAAAUUUGUUUCCUUAUCAUCCCUGUUUAAUCUGGGAACCUUGAAACUAUUAGUACGAAUUUGUAUAUAUACUUGAAACUACCCCUCAAAUUUCUAUGAAAUCCUUAUAAUAGACCUUUCCCGACUUUCCUAUUUAUGCCAAACUCAAUUAAAGAGGUCGAUCCUAAAAAUGAUUCUUAUCCCUAUGUUACUUAGCAAAAGGUAGAACAAAUUACCUAAUUUCGUAAAUUUGUCUGUUCGUUAAGUGCCACAAUUGCGAGCUGAAAGUUACGGUCAAAGCCUUCAUAUAGCCGAGCUUACUAAGAGUAGCCUCGUUUUCAAAAUAAUUAUUUUCUUCAAACCCAAAUAAAAUCUAACCAGAAUAUUAUAUUGCUCUAAAAACUUCAGUUUUGUCAUGAUAAUCUGAUAUUCUAUCUGAAUAUUCUUAUUUAAAGAGCACAGAACCAUUAUAAAAUUUUGGAUGACGUCAUAAUUAUUAUAAUUUAUGAAAUUCGGAAAGGUGUAUUAGGAUAUAAUAAUUUUUGUUAGGAUUAACCCUGGAAUUUGAAACUCUAAAUCUCUAUAAUAAUAGCCGUUAUCUGUCUGUCUCUGUGCGGACUCCCCGCUGAGUUACAAAAUGAUGUUGCGGAAACACGAAUAUCAAAUGCGAUAUAUUUUUAUCCACUUUGUUGC